GGCAGUCGAUACGCCACCAAAGGAAAGGAACUAAUAUCGAUUUUUUAUAAAUUUUGUUCUUUUUACACUAUUCCAAUUAUUUAUCUGGCUACACUACAAAGAAUUUGUGACUAAGAACAUUUUUUUGUAAUGUUUCACGUUGAUAAUUAACUGAUAACAAGAUGUCAGAGCUAUAGUAUUAUUUACUGUUAUUCGACUGUUUCUACAAAGAAUGUACCUUGAGUCCACAAGCGCCGGUGAAAAAGAGCUUAUGUUUGUUUAUAUUUUAUGAAAAAAUCUUAAUCUAUAAGACUUAGCUAUGUAUUUUAUAGUAUUUUUAAUGUUAGCAUUCUGCAAUCAUGCAAUCGCGGAGGUUAGUAUCAAAAGCAGCGAUACGGAUGUUAACGAUCUGGCUGCCCGGCAAAAUGCAUUGAAAAUAAAUAAAUGUUGCGAAGAAAAUGAGAUUAUGGUGGACACUUCAUGCAGACUAUACACAAGCUACAAUCAAAGUAGAUGGGAGCCAAAAUUCAAAACUGAAGAUGGAAAAGAUGUGGACUUGAAGUUAUAUGUUAAUGCGAAAGAUGUGUCCCCUAAAACGGAACACAUUGAAGAUAUUACAUAUUAUGAAUAUAUUAUUGGGUAUCCAGAUUGUGAAAGAACAGAAAUCAGACCAAUAUUUUACUUGGGAAAAUCUGAAGAUGAGUUAAACUUGUUGACUGAUGGCCGUUUACGUCAUCUGAUUCAUCAUGAGCAUAGCACUGAUAGCAUCAAAGAAGACCCACUUGUGAUAAGCACUUUUAGUAUUCAUGACACAAUAGCAAUCCCAGAGGUCAAGGAACCAGCUUCAUACAUUCAUAAUCAAAACAAAUUCUGCAUGGAUAAGAUAUUCAUGGAGGCAACAAAUAUGACUGGGGAAUAUGCAUUAGUAUGCAUACCCGAGGUGAAAAAUAACUGGAAGGACACUAACUUCCUAAUGAAGAAAGUUCUCAAUCCCCUGUUUCAUGCCUUAGCAAUGGUUUUGUUCCUUCUAGUGGCUAUUAUAUACUUUGUUUUACCAACUUUGAGGGAUUUAGCAGGGAAUAUAAUAACAACUAUCAAUGUUUGCUUAAUAGUUAGUCAGGCAGCUGAUCUUGUCAGAAUUUUCACAGAGUUCAGUAAUCAUGUCAGUUUUAUGAUAACUGAUAUUAUACUUUAUAUCAGUCUUUUAGGAGCAUUCUUUUGGUUAAAUAGCUUUGGAUUUUAUGUGUGGAAGACGUUCAAGUCUCGUAAUGUGUUCCUCCGUGUGACCGACGUCCGCAAAUACUGUUACUAUUCAAGCGUGGUGUGGUCUAGUGUCACAAUAAUGGCGGCGCUGGCAAUCUGUGCACACUUCCUAUUGGACACAGGCACCAACCCUAACCGAAAAAUGCGCACGCAAUUUUCUUCGUCCAUCAUCGUUGAUGAUAUAGAACAGGAGACAAUAGGUUGGCUCGGUAUUGCCAUAUUUUUCACACCAGUGGCUUUUACAAUUAUCUUCAAUAUAUUCUUUUAUGUAACCACUCUAAAAGUUAUAAAAAGGAUAAAUAUAUAUGGAAGAAUACACCACAAACUCAAAGGAUGCUUCGAUUUAUUCCUUCAACUGUUUCUCAUUAUGACAACGGCCUGGCUGUUCCUUUUAUUAUCAUGGCUGAACUUCGACGGACUCAUAUACGCACACAUUGUUGUAAAUGCUUUACAAGCCGUAUUGGUGUUCUACGUGUGUGUAGUGAGACAAUCUCAUGUCACCUUUCUUCUAAGGAAGAGCUGUUGCUACGCAGAGCCAGUGCCGACUGGUGAGUGGGGAGAUGAAAUGACACAGUACAUGUGAAGAGGUAUAUCCAAAGUUAAUUAUUAAUUUAACAGGUAGUACUAAAAAGACAAGUAUAUGACGAAUUAUGAUUUGUAAUAAGAAUAAUAAGUAUAGAAAAUUGAUCUAAUGGAAAUCGGAAUUUUUUAAGGUUUUCCAUCAAUAUUUUGUCUCAACAAUAUGUUUUAAGAAUAUGACACAAUUCAAUAGUCUCUUAAGCACUAUACCAAAUUUGCUGAAGAAAUGAAUUUAUUUCAAUAAAUUUUACUGUUUGUAUUUGAGUAGGAAUUAAUAAACUGUGAUGUAACAUAAGUUUCCAUGUUAAUGAUUCUUAAAAGUACGUGUGCCUUUCUCGACUUGAAUUUUUAAUAAGUAAUAAAAAUGGAAAUGAUAAUGAAAGAUAGGUGACACUUAUUUCAUCUUAGUGUCAGAAUAGAUAACCUAUUUAUCAAUACUUAUGUGAAUUUUUGUUGUUGAUAAGGUUGGUUUUUAAUAUAAUUGCAUUUUCUUUUUAAAUAAGGGAAUGAUAAAAGGUAUUAAAAUGCAUGUAAUGGAAGUGAAUAAAUGAGAACUAGUCUUAACCGAGGACUAAAAAUAUUAGAUAUAAAUUGACCAAAUUGUGUCAAUCUUUAUUCAGUGCUCACUAAAGAUACUUAACUAUUUUAAGGUGCACAUUACCAAUUGGAUUGGCAUUUAUAAAAGCAAAUACUUUAGAAUUUUACUAACAUCUCAACUUAAUGAAUUAAUAAUGUUCCUUCGGGAACGAAAGCGCCUUAUUUCAUAUCAUCAGGGGUAAAGAUUUUUUAUACAUUAUUCUACAGUGAUUUAUCAUUUAUAGAGAGGAAGGGAAUAAACUUUAAUAUUAUAUUGUAUACAUAUUCAAUACAACCUUAAUCAAUUUAGCAACUUGACUUUAUAAAUAAGUAUAUUCAUUCAAGCAUUUCUGUAGGCUUUAGCUUUUAUUUUGAUAUCACUUUGAUGUUAACACGCUACAAAUAUGGUUGUAAUGUAUUAUACAAGCAGCUAGUUUAUAUAAUUAAGCACAAUAUGGUAGUGUUGAAAGAAUGUUUAACCUAAGAUAUACAAAUGUAUGUACAAAGACAUAAAUGGCCUUACCAUAUUAUUAUAGCUUAUAUGCAUACAUGUACAAGAAUAAUUAUUAAUUAAAUUUUAAUAAGACUGUAUUUAGAAUUAACCUUUUCGCCUUCUAUCCGUCCUUUUCUAGCAAGUAAAAUGUCGACGGUAAUUUCAUAUUGUAUCAGUGCUCAUAUGCUCUCUUAUUGAAGAUCUGAUUUCAAUGUAGAAUUUAAAAAUCAAGCAUUUAAUUGGUUUAAAUAUAUUUUUAUUUUAUUUUAUGACUUUACUUUUUAAUAAACAUUUAGAUACCAAACUAUUAUU